AUGCGCUACCUGGGCAUCGUUCUUGAUGGCAGAUGGAACUUCGGCGCCCACUUCGCGGAAUUAGCGCCGCGCGUGACGACGGCGGCCGGAGCGCUGACUCGGCUCAUGCCGAAUCUGGGAGGUCCAGAAGCGUCCUGCAGGCGCUUGUACAUGGGGGUCGUGCGAUCGAUAGCCCUUUACGGGGCCCCCGUAUGGGCGGAUGCGCUCUCUCGCCAAAACCUCGCUUCCCUGCGGAGGCCACAGAGGCUGAUGGCGACAAGAGCCGCAAGGGGAUAUCGCACGAUCUCCUUUGAGGCAGCGUCUGUGCUGGCCGGUUCCAUUCCCUGGGACCUAGAGGCGAAAACCCUCGCGUCGCUGUUCUUCUGGCGCGAGGAGGCCGUGGCCCAGGGUCACCGGUUGGCACCGAGUUAG